CUAUGUCACUGCAUUAACAAGUAAACGUUAUGCUUGUAUUUACUUAUUCUGAAUUUGGACAUUUUUGGUGUUUGUCCAAAUAUUUGUGUAUAGUUGAGUUAUACGUUAUCUAGGGAAGUAUGGAAGCUGCUGACGUAUACUACAAGAAACCAGAAUACAUAGAAACGGCAUCAGGCAAUAAGGUCAGCCGACAGUCCGUGUUAUGUGGAAGUCAAAACAUCGUCAUAAAUGGAAAGUCGAUAGUCAUGUCGGAGUGCAUCAUUCGUGGAGACCUCGCCAAUGUACGAAUAGGCAGACAGUGCAUCAUCGGAACGCGCUCCGUCAUACGACCCCCCUUCAAGAAGUUCAGCAAGGGGGUAGCAUUCUUUCCUUUGCAUAUAGGAGACAAUGUGUUUAUUGAGGAGAAUUGUGUCAUCAAUGCUGCACAGAUAGGAUCUUACGUACACAUAGGCAAAAACUGCAUAAUUGGGCGGAGGUGUGUGCUCAAGGACUGCUGUGCUAUCGCCGAUAACACGGUGCUGCCCCCAGAGACUGUGGUUCCUCCGUUCACACUGUUCUCGGGAUCGCCCGGUCACUACGUGGCAGACAUGCCGGAAUGCACGCAGGACCUGAUGGUGGAUGUCACCAAGAGUUUCUACCAACAUUUUCUACCAAUGACCAAAUGAUCAUUCUCCUGCAUAAACUAUAUAUUUAUUAAUGUGUAAAUAUCACGCGGCUGUGAAGUGAGGAGCUGUGUUGGUGACCUGCGUUGGCUGAAUGUCUCAUCAGCAUGUGCUUAUAGCUAUGUGACUCGUAAAUAAUUAGUGUGAAUUGGUUGACACCAAGUGCUUUUAGUUGUUCAGACUUACCUUGAGUAAUUUAUUGUGAAAAAUCAUGCGCAGUGACUUUUCUUAGAGCCGCUAAGAGUAUUUCUAAGACAUUCGACAUGUUUUUGGAAGUCUGACUGUAUGCAUGGUGGUAAUAGUGACCACCAGGGCCUGGGCCUGAGCGUUGAGAUAACUGCAAAAUGUAUCUGUAGAAGCUAUCAGGACUGUCUGAAACCAAGGGUAGAACCAGCGUGUAGCGAGAUGUAGUAUUGCUGGUCACAUGCAGGUCCCCUAUUCCCCCUGUGUCCUUUACCAGCAUCUGCUGGUCUGUCGAAUGUCCGUUGACCCCUGUCAUCUUUAUCCAUAAAAAUCGUUGAAAAAAAAUCAAGCUGUUUAUAAAGACAGGCAUGUGUCAUUGCAACACGAUUGUAUUUUUAUUUACUUUCGCGAGAGAGGGGGAGAUCGUUCAUUCCAUAACUUGUAGGAGGAGGUAGCAUGCCAGCAUAGCUCUGCAUCGUGUAACGGCUAGCUGUGUCUUAUACUAACUUUAUAAUUUUAUCGACGUAUAGUAUCAAUAACUGAUUACUAACGUGAUUGACAAAAGCAUGCGUAUUUUCUCUAACCUGAUAGAGGUGUGCAAACUGAUUAUAAACGCAUGAAGAGACUAUGCUAGAAUUAUGAUCUAUGACUAUCGUAUGCAGGUUAGUAUCUUAGCUUGGGAGCAUGAUGAUCAGUAAUGUUGCGUGUUCAUCAGGUACGCGGUUGUCAUGACUACGGCAGUGAAGUAGUAAUUCUUUUCAACGUCGGCAACAAUUUUCGUUAUUGCACUAUACUAGUACUAUGAUACGCGUCGUCAUAAUUCGUCUCCACGUUAUACGAUUGCAAUAAACAUGCAGAAAGUGCCUUGCCUGUUAUGUAUAA